AUGAGCAUCAGCGUGGGUGAUGCUACCUUUAAUCGCUCAUUAGUAGCUAACCGUCAAUCGCAGUGGAAGAGUCAGAAGGUAUUCAUCGAUCGGAUAUAUCAGAUAUCCAACAAUUGUCAUCCUGGCAUCGGACUGGACCAAGCAGCUGCUGAACAUAUCCAAGAAAUCUUGAUAUGUUUAUUUUUUGAAUUACUGGAAUAUCAUCCACAGACAAUCGAGGACAUGGAACGAAAUAUGCGUACCACUUUGCCGGCAAGCAUGUUCCAUUGGGUUAUGCAGUUUCAAAAUACUCCUGAAGCAUUACACAGAAUUCCACGGAAAAAACUUCAUGAUAAACGAAAUGCAAACUCAAAAAGCCUGAUGUCACUUUUGCACAUGUUGCAACCAAAACUGAAGGAAUUGCUGGGUUACAAAUUAGAUGAGGAGGUAAUGCUAUACUUGCUUUCCGUUAUCGAAUACAUUGCUGCAGAUAUACUAAAGUGGACUGGAAACUAUGUGAAAAAUAUAAGGAAAUGUGAUCCCACUAUUGGUUUGCAGAAUUUGAAAAUUGCGCUUAGUGCUGAUACAAGCUUGAUGGAGCUUACAGAAAUGUUGUACAAUGAAGAGGAGACAUCCACAGCCGGAAUAUUAAAUGAUAAUGUCGAAGAUAUUGUGCAAGAAAUGUCAUAUGAUGAGGCAUCACGCGAUUUCAAUCGUGAGGAAGCUCAAUAUCUUCGUGAUCUUAAUCUCAUCAUUCAUGUCUUUCGGCGUCGUUUUGAGACUGCUUUCGAGCAUGAUGCACACUGUCUUGAUGAAAUGUUUGGCAACAUUUUGGAAUUGCAUGAAUUAACAGUGAAGGUUCAGCGAAUGUUAGAAGAUGCAAUUGAAAUGUCUGAUACUCCAUGUGUAGGAGCUGGUUUAUGGGAACUUGCGGAAGCUCAUGAAUUUGAUGUUUACAUUGCUUAUAUGGAUUUAUUCAAACAGUCGCUGACAACUGUAAUAGAAAAAGUGUUGAACGAUGCUAAAUAUGAACAUUUUUUCUUGCUGGAAGAUCGGACACACAGUAUAACUCCUGGGGGUGAAGCGUUUCGACUUGCUGUUAAAUACGUGCUUCCUUCUCUUCUCGAAAUUCCUGUUAUUCAUUUCUUUCGUUAUGUUGAGUUUACAAAUAUUUUAUGUCACCUGGCACGACCGCCUGAUGAAAUCGAAGAUUUAAAAAGCACGAAAAGUUAUUUUAGCGGUCUUGCUGUAAAAAUGGAGUCGCUAUGUCCUUUAUUUCUGAUUAAUCAUCUGAAAACGGAACAAAGCGUUCGUGCUUUGCCAGAAUCAAAUUGCUCACGUCAGAGACGAAGGAUCCAAGAAAUUCAGCGAAGCAUUGAAUUAUGGGAAGGGAAGGAAAUUGGUUACAAAUGUGCAGAAGUUAUUAGAGAAGGUGAUUUGUUACUGUUGCGAUCUGGACCACCAUCUUCUGUUGAUACGCUGAAAAAGAACAGGGGAAUAACUAUGCGUCAUACAUUUCUCUUCGAUCAUCUUUUGGUGCUUUGUAAAACAUUACGCUCUUCAAGGCCAGAGAAACCACUUUAUAAAUUUAAGGAUAAAGUGCUUAUACGUAAAACUGAUAUAUUCGAUCUAAAAGAUACUGAAGAAUUUCAAAAUGCCUUUAAAAUUGUAUCGCGAUCGAUAACUCAUGAACGAGGAGACAACACUUCCUGGACUUUGCUUUGUCGAACGCCGGAAGAGAAAACUAGUUGGAUGUGCGAUUUAGUCAAAAUUCAGGCGAAAAGUUCAUUAGAUCGAAUGUUGGAUGCAUCGUUGAAAGAAGAAGAAAAACGAGUUCCACUAAUUUUGCCGACAUCUGACCAGUAUAGGUUCGCUGAUCAAGACUGCGAUGAAAAUAUUGUGUUUGAAGAUUAUACAUCAAGUAGUGGGAUACCAGUCGUUAAGCAUGGAACUGUUCUAAAACUUGUUGAACGCUUAACUUAUCACUUAUACACGGAUUAUAAUUAUGUGCGUACUUUCCUGACCACUUAUCACUCAUUUUGCACAUCCUCAGAAUUGUUGCAGUUGCUCAUCGAACGUUUUCAAGUACCUAUUCCGCCACAACUCCAAAUAGCUGAAGCGAAUAGUAUAUCUAGUUUGGAGUCACGUGAGCUUUUAAAUGGUCCUUGUGCCGCAGCACAUUCUCAAGGUCUGAGGAUCCAAGUUUCUCCGACAGUGCUAAAUAGAAUUGAGCGAAGUUAUCAGCGAUUUCGCAAAGAAUAUCAGCAACCAAUACAGUGCAGAGUACUAAGUGUGAUUCGACAGUGGGUCAAUAACCACUGGUAUGAUUUCGAGCAUAAUCCCGUUUUGUUGGAAAACUUAUGUUCGUUUUUGGAAGAAACUGAUUCUCAUGGAAAAGUUAUCAAUCAGUACAAGAAAUGGUGUAAGAGCAUUAAGAAACGAGUUGAUAUAAUACCGUCGGCGACACAUAGUGGUUUAGAAAGUGAACCUUCCCCAGUGGCAACCACUUCGUAUGGUCCACAGAAACCGAAGAUUUUGUGGCAUAUUGCCGAGAAAGGAGCCAUCGAAACGUACGAUCUCUUGUCAUUACAUCCAAUUGAAAUUGGUCGACAGAUAACCCUGUUACAAUUUGACCUUUAUAAAGCUAUUAAACCCAUCGAAUUGGUUGGUUCAGCAUGGACGAAAAGGGAUAAAGAUCUUAGAAGUCCACAAUUGCUUAAGCUCAUCGAUCAUAGUACUAUGUUAACUUAUUGGGUUGCUCGCUCUAUUGUGGAAACUUGUUCAUUGGACGAGCGAGUAUAUAUGUUCUCACGUGUGCUAGAAAUAAUGUCUGUUUUCGAAGAACUCAACAAUUUCACUGGACUCGUUGCUUUAUAUUCUGCUCUGAAUAGUAGCUCUGUAUAUCGGCUUAAGGCAUGUUGGGAGAGAAUUGAUCGGGAAAAGCAAGUAUGGUAUGAAAAAUUCAAGAAACUGUGCAAUCCGCACUGGAAAGAAAUGAUUGAACGAUUGAAAAGUAUAAAUCCGCCUUGUGUCCCAUUUUUUGGUCAUUAUCUUUCCAAAAUCUUUUUUUACGAAGAAGGGAACAGUACAUUUGUACAGAGCGAAGAUCUCACUCAUGAGCAGAUUAGUGCUGAUGGUAACACAUCAGUCGUGGGUGCAACAGGUCGUAAAGUGAUGGUGUCUUUUGUGAAAUGCCGUCGGAUAGCAUCAAUUAUCAGUGAUAUCCAAAUGUAUCAAAAUGAAUCGUAUGCAUUGGAAGUGGAGCCAAGUAUAAGGCAUUUUUUUGAGACCAUCAAUCCGCUGAACGGUUUUGAUGGGAAGGAAUCCUUGGAGACAUAUAUGUGGGAACAGUCACUGAAAGUGGAACCAAAGGACCCCGAUAAAAUGGAAUUUGUCAAACCAUCCAGACCAGCUUAUGUGCUGAAAUCACCAGGCAUCAAGCCACCCAAAUCAAUCUCAUUAGCACCAUCAACUAGUGGUCCGUCGAACCAUUACUCAGGACAUCGUGCUAGUGGACGAGGUUUCUCGGCACUUAACAAUUACAGUCCGAACAUAUCUCACUCAUCGGAUGUGUCACGUCCCAAUUUGUUAUCAAAUUUCGAGGACCGAAAUUCUUACCUUGGAAUGGUUGAAAUCACUCCAGGCCAGCAACCGCGAUAUCUUGGUGACGCAAAACGUGGUACACAAUCAACAGUUGCUUCACCAACUGAACCGCGGAUUCCGCCAAUAAUGCCAAGGGCUAAACAACGAAACGAUAAAGCAUCGUCGACACCACCAAGUCCUCGUUCAUCACAGAAUGGACAUUUUACUACUCCGUCACCACCUCCUCUCUAUCCACGAAAGUUGUCAACCCAGGAACAGCUGGCCCCACCACCACCUCUAAAAGUUUUGACUCAUGGAGUUCCAGAUUUGAAUGGUCCUGUUCCUCCUCAUUCUGCUCCUUUUUGCGCUACUCCAGAUUCAUUCGUUUUUCCUCCGUAUGGAGGGAAUGCAGUAUCCCGAACAAUAGCACCUUUGGAAAGCAUCUCUCCUGUAGCACAAACAACAGGCAUAAUUCCAACAGUACCACCGAGGAAAAAAGUUGAACAGCUGCCAUCCCCAUUGUUUGGUGAUGCUGUGCACGUCGUCUGGAACAAGGAAGCGAAAUCAGCAGUGUGCGAUGCAGAUGAUACCAUAUCACCACCUUCAUCAUCGCAAAAUUCAAUUCAAAAUAGUGCUGCUACAGCACCGAAGCUGUAUCCACGAGGAGCUUGUCCAGCAGAACCGCCUCCAAGGCCACCAAAAUUAUUUUACAACAAGAAGCCGCAAGAAUUGUGUGGUGAAAAAGUGCUUAAAGAAACAAAUGAUUUCGAUUCACCUCCUCCAUUACCACCAAAAACUUACAAACGAAGGCAACAACAUAAUCGCUUACAGUAG